AUGCCUUCUUCCCAAUCCAAGACUCGGCACAAAAAGGUUGGAAAAGAGAAAUCGUUGAAUUGUGAGAAAAAGGCAAGCUCCUCAGGAGAUUCAAAGAUCCACUGUGGGAGAGGGUGGGAAGGUAAGAGUAAAGGCCAGCUGGAGGACAAAGAGUCAUUGCUUGAACAAGAUGACACCCUUGAAGAGGUCCUCUUAAAAAGCCAGAGGCUGGUGAGUCUUCAGGGAAGCAAAGAAAAUGGCCACAAAAAGUUAUUCCAGGGGAAAAGAACCUACAAGAGAAAUUAUAAAAGAGAAUCUGGUUUGGGGAGAAAACAUGGAGAACAAUUAGUGUCCAAGUUGGAAGGGAAAAAAAGAAAGGCCUGCAAGCAACAGGAAAUUACAUCAGGACGAGAAGAUGAGGACAGUAGUGGUAAUGAGGAAAAGGCCACCACAACCAGCAAAACCCACAGUUUUAAAAAGAAGUGUGGAAAGUAUUCUGCUGUUAGUGAAAAAGUCAUGGAGUCAGAGUCUGUAAAGUCAAUUGCAGUGCAAAGUGUGGAAGGUUCUCUUCAGAAACGUGACUCCUCACAGAAGGCACCCAAUGCCAGGCACAGGGCAAAGCACACUGAGAAUCAUGGCUUUAAGGAAGCUUCUGAGCAGAAGUCAGGUUCUCAAUCCCAAGGCAGCAUGGCACAGGGAAAAUGUGAGAGAACUGGGAAGAAGCAAGUUGGAAAACAUACCAGGAUUUUUGUCACUGAAAGUGCAGAAGAAAAUAUCUUGGAAACCUCAGAUAACUCCUGCUCUGACUGCAGCAAUGAAGGCCAUUGGACUCAUAAAAAAGGUAUAAAAGAGACUGUAGUGGACAGCACUGCAAGCAGUGAAGAGAGGAGUAGUUCUUCAGAAGAAGAUGGCAUCAGUGAGAAAGAAGCCAUGCUCGAAGAUGCUCCUGUGGCUGAAGGAAAAGGCUCCAAAGAACUACUUGAUGAAAGUAACAAAGCCUCUAAUGAAACUGAAAGGGAGCAGGUGACCACAGAUGGAAGGAAUGAAUCGGGGAAUGAAGGCACCGACUUCGCAGGGUUGAAGGCAGAGGAGAAAAUGAAGAAGCAAGAUGGUGUGCCAAGAAGACCAAAAUCUGUUCUAGCUGAGAGCAAUGAGGAAGAUGAUGGUGUAAGCAUUUCAGGAUUCCAACUCAAAAGUCUUAAGAACAGAGAAAAUGGCAAUAAUGCAAAGGCUUUGGAAACCAACUCUGACCUGAAAUGUAUUGAAAGCAUCUGUUCAAAUCCCGCAACUCCAGAAAUCCUCAGUACAAGGAAAGAACCCAGCAUGGUUCAGAGUUUUGGAGAAAAAAGAUUAAAUCUUUCAAAUAUCUCAAGCUUCUCCAUUAUUACAAAAAAACCAUCCGAUAAGCAGCUCCUUCGCAAGAAGAAGAAAGUUGGAAAAGUUACUGGAAACGUUAAACUGAGUUCAGGCCAGACUUUAGAGGCAAAACAAGAGAAAGCAGAAGUGGUUGCAGAGGCACCUUCUGACAAAGAAAAUGUGCGUGAUGGGAAAGGAUCCAAGUACUUGCGCACCCAUUCUGCUUUUAGAAAGGUCACCAGCUGGCUUGGUCAAAAACCUGCCAAGAAAGUGAGCCUGAAAGCUCGUCUUCUGAGCGUGGCACGUGCAAUUGGUAUUUCAAGAUGGCUCUUGAAGAAAUUUGGGAAGAGGAAGAGGGGCAGCAAACCUUUUAGGUUCAGAAGUAGAGUGGCAAUCCGGAUUGUAAGCACUGCUGGUUGGGUUGGUCGGUCUGGCAAAGCCUUCCCUGGUGCAGCCAGACAGCUGAGGGAGGCUGAGUUGAGUGACAAAGAAUUGUCUUCUCCAUUAGGGGAGGGGAAAGGUGGUCCUAAAGUGGCAGAGGAAGUGGGACGCAUUGAUUUGCCUUCUGGGGAUUCCCCUCUUCAUGGAACCAGCUCUUUUCCAUACCUACUUAGCUUGGAUGAGGAAAACAACGAUACCAAGUUUGCUAUAGUAUUUCCCAGAGUCCACAGCGUGGUUAAGACAAAGAGCAACUUAUCCAGGGGGUCUGGGAAUGGUUAUUCCCUAGAGAAACUGAGAUCUCUAUCAGGCAGAAAACCUGUUUUGCCUGUGCAACAGGGUCGCAGAUUCAAAUGUGACCUUCCCAAAUCUUUGAUGGAUCAAAGCCCUCAGAGAAGCAGUGAACAGGGCUUCCUUCCACAUCAAGAAGAGGAUCCAAUACGUACAUCAGAUUAUUCCAGUGAGAUAGAUGCCAAAGAGGGCUCAGAUGUCCUCCAGACCGCAGGGUCCAUAGUCACACCUUGUGUUCACUGGUCUCAGCAGCAGGCUCAGGAAUGUGACCCUGCAGCAUGGCUGAACUCUGAAUUGCUGCUGCCGCGACUAACCAUUGAGAACCUAAGCAAAUGGGCCAUCUACAAGGACCCGUAUCUGGCUAACAGCCAUGUGAUGAAGGUCUGUGAGGAUCAGUGGGAGGCAGAAGACAUCACUGACAAUGUGCUAGAGAUGGAAUCCAUGCAGAAACAGGUGUACAUGUGUGAAGACCACUGUGUAGAAGUUGAGGAGAUUGAAGAUCUAACCAGACUGGAGUAUGUGUUGUCAGUGACUUACAUUGGGCAAAUUUUGAUUUCUGUGAAUCCUUUCAAAGACCUCAGUAUCUACUCUGAAGAUGUGGCUACCCAGUACCACCAAGGGACUCUCUCAAAAAAUGCCCCGCACAUCUUUGCCAUAGCAGAAAUGGCCUACACGCUAUCCCAGUCAUCAGAGCAAGAGCAGUGUGUCAUCAUCAGUGGACACAGUGGAUCAGGUAAAACAGAAGCUACCAAAGCAAUUGUGCAGUACCUGACCAUGCUGUACCAGAGAUCAGACAAUCACAGGAUCAGACAGCCCUGCAAUGUUCUACCCAUCCUGGAGAGUUUUGGGAAUGCCAGAACCAUCCUCAAUGACAACUCAAGCCGUUUUGGAAAGCUUCUAAAUGUCCACCUGCGACAUGGCAUCGUGGUGGGAACAUCCAUCUCCCAGUACCUGCUGGAGAAGUCUCGUGUGGUAUUUCAGGCCCAUGGUGAGAGGAACUACCAUGUGUUUUAUGAGCUACUGGCUGGGCUGCCUGUGGAGCAGAAAGAGGAGAUGUACUUGCAAGAGGCAGAGUCUUACUUUUACCUGAAUCAGGGCAGAGCAUGUGACAUCCUAGGGAAGGAGGACAGUCAGGACUUUCUGGUCUUGGUGCAAGCUCUGGAGGGAAUCAACCUCUCUGAUGAUCAACUGACCUCCACCUGGGCUGUCCUGGCUGCUAUUCUGCAACUGGGGAAUAUCUGCUUUACCUCCUAUGAGAAAGAAACCUAUGAACAUGCAGCCAUUGCCAGCGACACUGAGAUUCAGAUUGUGGCCAAUUUGUUGCGUGUCUCAGCAGAUUUCCUGCAAAGUGCUGUCACUCACCGUGUCACUGUGACAUCAUAUGAUCGGAUCUUCACACCUCUGUCUGUAGAAGGAGCCAUUGAUGCCAGGGACUCCAUUGCCAAGACUCUGUAUUACCUGCUCUUUGAGUGGCUGCUGCUGAGGAUCAAUGAGUGGUUGGCUCCCUGCGAAUCGGACUGUGCUGUGGGCAUUGUGGACAUACAUGGUUUUGAGGUGGCUUUUCCUAUUCUUUUGGAUCUAGGUGUGAACAGCUUAGAGCAACUCUGCAUCAACUUUGCCAAUGAGCAUCUUCAGCAUUUUUUCAGCCAGACUGUCAUUGCCCAGGAAGAGGCCACUGACCACACUUUCCUCCAGAAGUGUCAUUACCAUCAUGGAAACAGCCCUUGGUACACUAAGCCCAAGCUGCCUUUGCCAGUCUUCACUGUGAAGCACUAUGCAGGUCCUGUCACCUACCAGGUCCACAAGUUUCUUAAUAAAAACCGUGACCAGCUACGUCCAGAGGUGCUGGAUAUCUUUUCUCAGAGCCGCCUCAAGGUAGUGUCUCACAUUUUCCAGAAGGCUAAAGCUGCCUAUAUUCAGCAAAGGGAGCUGGGGGCCAGAGGCAAAGGGCUCAAGCCUCAGGCCUCCACACUGGUGUCCAAAUUCCAGCAGUCUUUGCAGGACCUCACAGACAAGCUGAGGAGGAGCCAUGCCUUUUUCAUUCGGUGCAUCACCCCUAAUCCCAAAAAGCUGUCAAAUAUCUUUGAUGUGGAGUAUGUCACUUGUCAGCUGCGGCAUUCUGGGAUACUGGAGGCCAUCCACAUUAGAAAGGAGGGAUACCCAGUCCGUCUUCCAUUCCAGAACUUUCUAGCCAGGUAUGGCCUCCUGGCUGGGCGAGAGCGCAACUGCUUGGAGGAGAGAGAAGGCUGUGCAGCAGUGCUGUCUCACGUGGUGGGGAACCCCUCAGAUCUCUAUCAGAUUGGAGUAACAAAGGUCUUUCUGAAGGAGAAGGCCAGGCAGCUUCUGGAGAGACAAUGGAACCAGAGGCAGAGUUGGGCCAUUGUUACUCUGCAAAGGAACUUCCGAUGCCUCCUUCGCCGCAGACGCCUCCGUAUCCUCCAGGAGAAAGUCACAAUCAUUCAGGCUCACUUCCGAGGUUACCAGGAAGCGUUACAGGAGACUGAAGAAGACUUUGGUGCAAUUUCAUACCAUGAUUUUAAUCUCCAGACCUUUAAUUCAAAGGAGGAAGCACUGCCAGGUGACAACACUCUUCUCAGGAUCAGGUGUACUGCAGGAGCUAUUUCUGCCCUAGGUGGAGCUGGUGACUGGCUGGAGUUAGAGGAAAAGAAACGAAGAAGGAGGUCCCUGGUCAGUGGUGACACAGAGAACGGUCCCAACCAAAGAAUGGAUGUGGGACUGCUGGAGAUCCCUGCAGAGCUUGCUGCCCUCCUGCAGGUAGCUGAAGAUCAGUACAGAGCACAGUCCAACCAGAUCACUGAGGCAUUGCCCCCAGAAGUCAAGGUCAAAGAUGAUCUUUCCCUUCCACCCACCAUCAACAGCUAUCCUUUUUCCUCCUUCAUUAAGUCAUACUUCCAGAAGACAGAUUUCCCUGCACCUGGUCAGCCUCUGCAGCAACCCUUAACCCGUCUGGAUGCUGAAUACCAGGAGAGUGCACUUGAGAUCAACAAACUGGUAAGAGAGGUCUUUCUUGACCAGGGCCUUGUUGAAGAACAGAUUUUGCGGUUCAUUGGUGACAAGAAUCUCCAUGGCUGGCAGGAGAUACUUCUGGGCAACUACAUUGCUGGAAGAGGUUUGAAUAAUGUGCCUCUACGCAAUGAAAUCUUCAGCCAAGUGGUUGCCCAGACAUGGAAGAACCCAGACAUGGAGCACAGCCAGCGAGCUUGGGUCCUGAUGGCGACUUUGCUGAGCUGCUUUGCCCCUUCACCAGCACUGGAGAAGCCGCUGCUGAAAUUUGUGUCAGAUCACGGCAUGGAGGGCUACAAUGCUGUUUGCCAGCGCAAGAUCUUGACAGCAGCGCAGCACACAGAGAUAGACGCUACUUCCUCUCGGGCCUACCCUCCCACUCAGCUGGAGUGGACUGCAAACCAGAGGAGAGGGAAGAUGGUGCUGGAUGUUCAUACCUUCAAUGAGGAAAAGUUCUCAGCUGAGGUGGAGUCCUGGAUGACUGGGGAGCAGUAUGCAGCCUGGCUCCUGAGUGCAAGGGGCUGUGAUAAGAAGUCCCGAGGGUGGUCUAUCUCCAUGUUUACUGGCAACACGUGGCAGGACCUGCUGGGCUGUGACUUUGUGCUGGACCUCAUUGGAGAGAUGGAGGAGACCAGCAACCUCAACAACACUUCUCAGUCCUCAGCUGAGUACCCCAUCUCUCCUGAAAGGGACAGAAGCUUCCUCCAGAGCUCUGACCUGGAUUCGAUCCCUCCUGCUCCAGGCAUCCAGGCCCCUACCUUCCCACCACCUGGCCUGCCGCCAGAAUUCCACAAUCUCCAUCCAGGUCCAAGAUUCAGAGAUGACCUGAGGGCCCCUGUAGGCUUGGAUCACUAUGUGGAUGAUCUCUUUAGCACUGUGCUGCAUCAAGGCUCCAGAGUACCAGAUAUGGAGAACAGGGAGAGUCUGACUGGACGCAUGAAAGGAGGUGGGAAGAUUGGACCCACACAGAGAGGAAUCUUUCCUUCUACAGGCUUCUCUGGAAUGACUCAAGCACCAGUUUACCAGUCUAUGCCUUCGAUGAUGGGGAUGCCAGCAGCCAUGCCCAUGAUGCCAGCGGCUGGUGGGAUUGCACCUAUGCCAGCCAUGAUUAUGCCCCAGCCUGUGGUUCCAGCUGUAGAUCCCAAUCAAUUAGCAGCACAACAGCAAGCCUUUAUCAACCAGCAAGCCAUGCUUAUGGCCCAGCAAAUGACACUUCAAGCCAUGAGCAUUUCCCAGCAGCAGCAGCAGCAGCUGCAGCCGGGGCAGUGGCAACAGUCUCUUGAGAACUCAAGGCCAAGAGUCUCAAGUCUGCCACAAGCCCAAGCCCCAGCUCUAGUCUCAGCCCCAGUCCGAGCCACUUCCCCAAAACCUAAGAAGCCUCCCAGCAGCCAGAAUGCCGCACCACCACCGAAGGCUCCAGAACUGCCAGCUAAGGCAGAAGAACAGCUUUAUGACUACACGGAAGACCAGUUCUCCGACAGUGAAGAUGGUGACUAUCCUCGGGAAACUUUCCAGCAGAAGAGAGAAUAUUUUCAGAGGAUGGGAUAUGAACAGAUCCGAGUGAAGAAAGUCAGGCUUCCUCCCAAAACCUGGACCCCUCCAGCAAAUCCCCAGCCAAAGCAAGAGGAGGAGAAGGAAGAGAAGAGGGAGAAGAGGAAUGAAGAGAAUCCCAGCCCUAAACCAGAGGCAGCUUGUGCUCCCCCUUUGCCACCUCCUGAACCAAAGCCAAAAAAGCAGACACCGAAAGUGAAGAAGGAGCCACCUGUAGUGAAGCCUUCAGGCCCUGAGUCACGGCCUGCACCCAGCCGGGAGAUCCACAACAUCAUCAAAAUGUACCAAAGCAGGCCAGGCCCUGAGCCCCAGCCUGUUGAGCCUGUCAGGAGAGUGUCCAAGCCAUUUAUGAAGAAAAAUGACCCCAAAAAUGAAGCUCUGGCCAAGCUGGGAAUGAUGAACCUCCCGUCUCCCAAAUCGCCUUGUCCCCCGCCAGAAGAGAAGAGAACACCUCCACCUCCCAAACCCAAGCCAGGCUCAGCUUCCAGCUCUAUCAAAGAGAAGCAGUUGCCUCUCCUGUCCAUCUUCAGCGGGGAGAGUACCCCACCAGGUUCCCCGGCCGCUCCUGCUCCCCCUCUUCCCCCACCAUUGCCUUCACCUCCCCUGCUUAGGAACCAAGACCGGCAGGAACCCACAGAGAAGGGCUCUACUGUAACAGUAGCAGAAGAUGAUGGCAUCAAGACCCAGCUAUAUAAGCUCACUGCCAGUGUCACCUUUUCCUAUGUCAACCCUGUCUGGAAAAUCUUUCUGCGCAAAGAGGUGUUUUACCCCAAAGAAAAUUUCAGUCACCCAUAUUGUCUGAACUUGCUGUGUGAACAGAUCAUGCGUGACACCUUCUCCGAUUCCUGCCUUCGGAUCUCCAGGGAGGAGAAGCGCAAGAUGAAAGACCUGCUGAUGGAGUUCCGGGUUGGCAACGAUGUCCAGUCCAUUCAGGAGGAUGGGAUAAAGAAGAGGAUUGUACUGGCUGCUCGGGAUAACUGGGCUAACUAUUUCUCCCGCCUUUUCCCAGUUCAUGGCGAAAAUGGAAGUGAUGUCCAGAUCUUGGGUGUUUCUCACCGGGGCAUGCGGCUGCUGAAGGUAGUGAAAGCAGCUGGCUAUAACCCUGAGCACCUGAAGAUUCUUCGCAGCUACAGCUUUGCAGAUGUUCUGUCAGUGGAACUGAAGGGCAGCAAUGCCCUGGAGUUCUCUCUGAAGACGGAGCAGCUCUUCCUGCACUCUCCGAAGGCUCCGUGCAUCAAGGCCAUGGUGGAACUCUUCAUCCAGGAGCUGAAGCAGGAUACCAACUAUGUCAUUGCUCUGCGCAGCUACAUCGUGGAUGACAAAAGCCUUCUUAGCUUCAAGAAGGGUGACCUCAUUGAGUUACUGCCCAUGCAAGGCGUGGAGCCAGGCUGGCAGUUUGGCUCCACUGGUGGCCGCUGUGGUAUUUUCCCCACCAGCCUGGUGCAAUUGGCUGCAGCCCCUGAUUACCUCAGCACCAGCAUGGACAGACAUGAAGGACUGAGAAAGAGCAUGAAAGCUUCCCCAGAGAGCAGGAACACCAGCAGGAAGAGUUCUGUUCCCAGCCUGACAUCAGAACCUGACAGCAUCGUGUCAAUCCCUGCUGGUAAUCAUUAUACCAUGAUAGACUUUGCCAUGGCUUACUUCCGAGAGGCUCAGUCCAUGCAGAGACUAAGGAGGAAUUCUGCUGAAAAGAAAAGUGUAGCUGCCCUGGUCCAGCACACCAAGGUCCCAAUCCAGGAGUCUUUGCUCCAGUACUCUGACAGUGAGCUGAAUGAGCUUGCUACAAAGAACUUCAAGACUCUGAUGCGGUUCAUGGGAGAUCACUCAAAACUCAAGAACCAGAAUGAGGUUGAAUGCAUCUCUGAAAUCCUUCAGCUGUGCAAGGAGAAGGAGAGUUUGCAUGAUGAGGUCUACUGCCAGGUCAUCAAACAGGUCACCCAGAACCCUAACCAGGAAGGCACGCUGCGUGGCUGGUUGCUCCUAAACCUGCUAACUGGGUACUUCCUCCCUUCUAACAUCCUGAUGCCCUAUGCUACCAAGUUUCUGCAGCUAGCCAGCAGUGAUCCAUCUAGCACCCACCAUGAUAUAGCCAAGACCUGUCAGAGCAACCUGCGGAAAAAUUUCAUGUAUGGGGGCCGUCGCCACCUUCCUUUCCCCGUGGAGAUAGAAGCGUUGCUGAUAUCCAAGGAGCUCUUGCAGGAGAUCUGUGAGCACAUGGGGGCAGGCGAACAGGAAGAGAUAGAGGAAUUUGUUCUUUUUGCCAUCAGGAGUGACAACAAUAAUCUUGAUAAAACGGUGAGGCCGAUAAGAUCAGAGGAGUAUCUUCACGAUUACCUGCUGGAGGACACGUCGGUCUCUGUGACUUUACGCAGGCUCAUCUGGAGGACACCUCUGCACUUUGAGAACAAAAUUUAUACUGAUGCCCAUUAUGGACAGAUGUUGUGGGAUUACCUGAACGGGAGGAUACUGUUGAGCCAUAAUAAAGAAAUGGAGAUGCAGGUGGCCAUUUUGGCAAUGCUUCAGCACUGGGCCAAAACAGAGCAGCAGAACUCUGUUCCCUCCAGCUGGGCAAAGAGUGAGUUAGUAUCUGCUUGUUGGCACAGGGAGGAGCUGAAGGAGUACACACCACAGACUCUACAGUUCUCCAUCAGUCCCCAGGCUCUGCAGAACCAUGUUGACGUGCUGCUGAGAACCAGACGGUCCCUCCAGCCAGUGGAUGCAAAAAUCCAGUUCAUAGAGCACGUGAUGAAGCUGCCUUUCUUUGGCUACACCACCUACUUUGUAGAGAGAGUCAGCGACAACACAAUCCCUGUGCCCUGUUUCUUUGGUGUGAAUAAAGAGGAAAUCAUUGUGGUGGAUAGCACUACCCAGGUGGUCUUCUGCACCAUUCCAUUGAAAGAGCUGCAGAAGAUGCGAACCCUGUGGCCUAUCUCUGAUGGUGGGCUUCCUGGCAUAGAACUGAACUAUGGCUCUGCUGCCAGCCCCAAGACUAUGUGGCUUGAACUGCCACAGGCUAAAGAAAUGUAUCACACAAUUGUUGUCAUCCUGGAUGCAACCGAAUUGCACCGCUAG